AAAAAUAUUUAUCUAUCUAUAUAUUUAUAAUAAAUGACAGCUUAUUUUAGAGAAAUUCUUUCAAUAGCUUUAUCUCACAUCAUAAUUAAGUUUUCCAUUGCAUUUAACUGAUUGAUUCUAAAGCUUUAGAAAAGCCAUCGAGUAACAAGACAAGGAGACGAAAAGUCAUUUUCAGCUAUUAUUACCGUUUUAACUUAUAACAAGUUAUUUCUUUAUUAAAAAAGCAAAGGAUAAAAGCUUUUAAAGUCCGAUAAGGCGCUUAAAACUUGAUAGUCGACUUUUAAUAAAAAGCAUGGCGCCACCUAUGUUUCAUUUAUGAUUAAAGCGAAUACACAAACCAAUAAAGAUUGACCAAUAGGCGAUGAACACAGAGGCAAAGGGAUGAAAAUCCUAAUCUUAAAUGAGCUAGGAUAUGUUUUCUUACUUGCCAAAUAUUUGCCAUAAAUAUUUGGUUAGAUUUAAAAACGCAAAUCUCUAAAUUCUACUUUAAUAUAUGACAAAUAGCUGUUUAAAAAUUCAAAAUUUGAUUUAAGAAACUCUCACAUUCCUCAAUACUUAAGGUGUACAUACUGAUAGGGAAAAAGUGUUUUCUUAUCAAAAUAACAAAAAAAACCUUGAUUAUAUUUGUGGAGUAAGUCUCCAAUAAGAGGCCUUAACUUUUCCAUACGCUAUAACCAAAUGCAUGUAACAACAGAUUUCGCAUGACUCCCAACCCCCGUUGAGCGGCAGCCAAUCAAAAUGCCGCAAACUGUUGCCAAUCCAAAAUGGCCGCCUUGACUGCCGUUCGCAGAUGCUGCCCACCAUAAGGGUGGGCAGAAAUCCAAUAAGCCAAACCGAGGAGAGCUCAUUUCAAAGCAGUCAGCACAAUCAGAAUUUAUUCCAAUUCGGGCUUCCAAGCAGAACAGUAGAACAGACCCAAGGUCGUGAGUCGUAUCAGAAUAGGACAAUAUACACAUACUAUAUACCAGCAGCAGCAGCAGCAGCAGCCAUGCAGCAUCCGAGCGAGCAGCCCACCUACAUGCCCGAGGUGCCCUUUCAGCCACUGUGGGGCCAGGAGGCACCACCGCCGCCGCCCAUAGUGCCCUAUCAGGAACUUAUCGCGGGUUUUCCCUGCUCCGAUUUGUCGCUCUGGCAAAGAUCUCAAGUGGCACCGCUAGUUAACCAACGUCCAAGCACGAAUGGGCGCUCCCAUGGCUCCUCCUCCGCCAGCUCGAAGAAAACGCGCCGUCGUGUCGCCUCCAUGGCGCAGAGGCGCGCGGCAAACAUACGCGAACGCCGUCGCAUGUUCAAUCUGAACGAGGCCUUUGACAAGUUGCGCCGCAAGGUGCCAACGUUCGCCUAUGAGAAGCGGCUAUCACGCAUUGAGACCCUGCGCCUGGCCAUUACCUACAUUGGCUUCAUGGCGGAGCUGUUGAGCGGCACGCCCUCCAACACCCACAAGUCCCGCUCGGACAUGUACGGCGGCAUGAAUGGACAUCAUCAUUCAACGGCUGUGGCCCAAGGUCCGCCAAUGCAUCCGCAUCAUCUGCAUCCGGCGGCCUAUCAACGCGACUUUGCCUCGCCCUACAACCACAGUUUGACAUAGAUCUCGUCGGGCGGAUUAUUACAAUAUUGUUCCGUGUUCUUUGUUGCCAUAUCAUGUGCUUAGACCUAAGAUUAACCCAUAUAAAUGUGAUAGAUGUGCAAAUUAUGAA